AUGGAAGAUUUCCAAGAUAUGACGAUCCUCCAAAUUAGGAAAAGGCUCAAUGAGCUGAAUGCUUUCGUCCCCUCCAGCGUCACAAGAAAGCAAGACUUGAUCGACAAAUUAGUCGAAGCAAUCCAAAAGCAGCAACAGCCUGAAAGAAAUCCUCCUAAGAGAUCAGUCUCUCCUAUCUCUUCAUUCCAGAGGCAAAAAACAGAGCCUGCUUUCUCUAGAAACUCCAUUCCUCAAGCCCAAGCUGUAUCCCCUCCAAGAAGGGUCGGUGCAAUCCCUUACAACCCUAGCUCAAUAAAGCUGUCAAAUCAGAAAACUGAUGUUUUCCGCCAAAGGAUGGAGGCUGCUUUUCCUUCAGAAGAAAAAGAGUCAUUAGAAGUCAAAAGCUCAAGCGCAACUUUAAUAAAGGAAAGUCUUUCCCAAAUCGGGACAUUCAUAGGGAUCCUUUUAGCAAUUUUAUUUGCUGCUUAUUUGGUUAAAGUUUAUAUGGCUAAGCCAAUAUUUUGUGGGGAAGGGAUCUAUGAAAAUUGCAUAAAAUGCCCUGAGCAUGCUAUUUGUAAAGGAGGCUCAAUGAGCUGUGAGCCAGGGUUUGAGAGAGAUAGAACUGCAUGUGUAGAAGACGAGAAGGUUAAGAAAAAGGCCUAUACGAGACUGUGGGAGCUUGAAAGCUACGUGAUAAGUCAAGCGACACAUAAAUGGCUUGAAACUCGUACAGAAUUCAUGAUUGACUUUGAAGAUUACUCCCGCCAAUUUUUAGAAACAGAAGAAGGGCUUAUUGUGUCGAGGCUUAAAGAGCUCAUCAAAGCCAAAGUUUCACUAAAAAUUGACAGCUUAGACGACCCUUUGAAGCUCAUAAUCCACGCCAAGAAGCCAUUUUUAGGUCUCUACGCCCAGAUUAUAGAGUUCCUCCAAGACCAUAAAUACUCUCUCACAAUCGGUCUCCUCAUUUCCCUCUUCUUCAUCUACAAGUACAUCUGUUACCGCCAGCGUAAAGUUCUGCUUCAGCAAGCCAGAAAAAUGUACGAAAUGAUCAGCUCACAAAUCAAAGCCAACGUCGACGACACCUUGGAGCACGGCGUAAUGGAGUCCACCAUCAAGUCUGACAUCGAAAAUCAGCUGGGCAAAAGCCUCACCAGGAAACUAUGGCCUAUCAUUGAAGAAUUGCGAAGAAAGGACAAGAACGUCUGCAAGUUCGAGAUGAUCGUCUCUGGGAGACCCAGAAUUCUCUGGCAGUGGAAAGAAGAGGUGAAGCCUGUGAUCGGCAACAAAAUGAAGUACUUCUAA